AUGCAUCCGUUAGUGGGGCUGGGACUGGGCGGGGCCUGGGGCCUUAAGGUGCGCCUCGGGCAUGGCCAGGACCACCUGGUCGCCCGCCCGCCCGCCCGCCCCCCGCCCCUCCCCAGCCCGGGCGGUCCGGGGGGUUCCACGGUUACCAGGCCCCAGGCCCCGGCGGGCAUGGCCACCCGCAACGGCCGGCCCGGUCCCGGCCCCGCGGCCCUCGGCCCCUCGGCCCUCGGCCCCUUCCCCCGGCACAUCUGGAUCCACCAGGACGCGCCGCGGGACGGGCUGGACGCGGCCUGCCACCGGAUCUGGAAGAGGGUCCAGGGGCUACCCGAGGACCCUCCCCCGGCCCGGGCGACCCCGGCCCUGCCCGACCUCGGGGGGCUCGGGCCGCUCGGCCUCGGCGGGCUCAGGCUAAGGGGCGGCCUGCAGGAAGAAUCUCUGGAACUGACCUGUGGCAAAGAUGAAAUCUCCCUUCUAGUGGAGCAGGAAUACUUGAAUCUCACCAAAGAGAACUUAAACUGCAGGAAGGACAGCGUUGGAGACCCGGGAGGCCUCGGCCUCUCUCUGGACCGAGGCCUGAGACCAGCCUCCACCCGCCCCUGGCUGUCCCUUGCUCUCGUCAGCCCACCCCCCUCUCCCUUGAAUGGGGAGCCCCUGGUGGAGGAGAAGGAGGCCCUGGGGCAGACUGCCCAACCCAUCAGUGCCGGGAGGGAGCAGGAGCCCCGGGCCAGGCCAUCCCAUGCUGCCGGCAAGUCCUCCAUCAUGGACAUCGCACUCGUGGGUGAGAGCCAAAGCCUCAAGGGGCCAGAGGGCGGAGGUGCCCCGCGCCCAGCCUCCGACCCCGACCCCAACCCCGGCGAAGUUCCCCUCCUGCAUCUCGAGACUCCCAAAGCCCCCAGCGGCAGCAGCAUGGUGCCGGAGGAGGCCCGGAUCAUCGGGGACUUCCUGCAGGACAGCCUGUUUGGCCAGCCUGGCUCAGCAGCUAGGAAGGCCACAGCCGGGAGCCGGGCCCGGAAGAAGCAGCUCCCAGUCUUUGCGAAGAUCUGUGCCAAGACGGAGGGCGGCUCAGCAGAGGACAGCCUGCUGAGUGAGAUGGUGGCUACGGGUGUGGAAAUGGAUGAGAGGGCGAAGGAGCUGAGCCAGGCCAAGAAAGAUUACACUCUCAGCCAGUGGCCCCUGUGCCGAAAGGACUUGGGCAAGGAAGACCGCCCGAGCCACGGCAAGUCCGGCAAUGGGCUGGUGUUACUGCCCUCCAAAAAGCUGCCCUGGGCCCCGGAGAAGAACCUCCUCUAUGAGUUCCUCAGGACCACCAAGAACACCGACGGGCAGCUGAUGUUCCGGACGAAAGCCGGCCAGGACGGGCUGGACCUGAAGCCAGUAAAUGGUCCGCCGGCAGUGGGGGCAGCAGGGGCAGUGGGAGCAGCAGUAGACAAGAACCCAUCCAAAUUCCCUGGGAACAUCUUCUCCCCGCCACGCUUCCCUUCCUCACUGGCCUCUCCCUCGCUCAACCAACCCCUCUGGCUCAAUCUGAACUAUACGCCAGCCCCCAUCUUCCCAACGCCACAAUACCAGGGCCUGUACCAGCACAGAUCCCGGGUCCCGUUCCAACAGUCUAGGAUGCUGCUUCCCCAGCUCGGCUGCUUCUCUAGACAGGUGACACCAUACAGCCCUCCACAGAUGGGACAGCAGCUUUUCCGCUCUUCCUACCCCACUCUGCUCAGCUACAUCCCUCUCAUACAGCCCAGCUAUUCAUACCCGCAGAGGCCCCCCCCAAAGCUGCCCAGCAGCCCCCGGGACCAUCCACCCAUGGGAGGGGAUGGGCCGCAAUAUCUCUUCUCUCAGACGUUCGGAUUCAGUUCCACGACCAGCGGGCCUCUGAUGAGCAGCCCAUACUUUUCCUCCAGCGGAAAUGGGGUUAACUUCUAGGCAGGGGUCACUGCCCAGGCCUCCUCCGGACUCCAACAUGAUUCUGUUGGUUUGGAGUGCUCAUGGAUUUCCCCAACCCCUGCCUGUCCAACUCUGGCUCUGAGAAAAUUUCAUGGAGGCUGAGAACAGAAGAUGAAAUCCAGUCGCCUUCUCACCUGCUCACUCCCGUGCCCCGACUGCCUCCCUCCCUCCCACCCACCCACCUGCCCGAGAAGAAGAGUUUUAUUGCACUUACAGGAAUAGCUUGUUGUUGUUGUUGUUGUUGGUAAAAUAGAAAUAAGACUAAAGAAUAAAA